AAGGAGUACCCCACCGUGUCCGUGGACCGCUUCGACCGGGAGAACCUGCACGCCCGGGCGUACUUCCUGUCCCACUGCCAUAAAGACCACAUGAAGGGGCUGAAAGGACCUCUGCUGAAGAGGAAGCUGCAGUUCAGAACCAGCACAAUGAAAAUGGAGAGAGAGGAAGUUCAACAUGAGCGUGGUUUGUUUCAGUCGAACCGUCAGACUGUACUGCUCCUUCGUCACCAGAGAGCUUCUACUAAGCAACAGCAAGUACGCCUUCUGGGAGGACUACACCGUGCCUCUGGAGCUGGACAGCCCCACCCAGGUGUCCCUGGUGGACGAGGCGUCUGGACAGAAGGAAGACGUGGUGGUGACGCUGCUUCCUGCUGGACACUGUCCCGGCUCCGUCAUGUUCCUGUUUGAGGGCUCCCAGGGAAACGUGCUCUACACUGGAGACUUCAGACUGGCUCAUGGAGACGUUUCCAGGAUGGAGCAUCUGCACUCUGGGAGCAGGGUGAAGGACAUCCAGAGCGUUUAUCUGGACUCCACCUUCUAUGACCCCCGCUUCUACCAGAUCCCCACCCGGGAAGUGUGUCUGAGCGGGAUCUCGGAGCUGGUGGGAAGCUGGAUCAGUCAGAGUCGGCAUCACGUGGUUUGGCUCAACUGCAAGGCGGCGUACGGCUAUGAGUACCUGUUCACCAACCUGGGAGAAGAGUUCAGCACCCAGAUCCACGUCAACAGUCUGACCAUGUUCAGGAAGAUGCCGGAGAUCCUGAGCUACGUCACCACAGACCGCCGAACGCAGAUUCACGCCUGUCGACACCCCAAGGAUGACGAGUUCCUGCAGGGGAACCGGCUGCCGUGCGGCGGCUCCGCCCCCGACGGAACGCCGCUCCGCAUCAUCAGCAUCAAACCGUCCACCAUGUGGUUCGGAGAGAGGACCAGGAAGACCAGCGUCAUCAUCAAAACCGGGUCCAGUUCCUACAGAGCCUGCUUCAGCUUCCACUCCUCCUAUUCUGAGAUUAAAGACUUCCUGUUGUACCUGCAGCCGGUCAACAUUCACCCCAGUGUGAUCCCCAUCGGCCGCUCGCUGGCUGAAGUCACACAGAUGUUGAAGCUCAUGUGCAGGAAGCAGAGCGAUCAGCCGGCGUCGGUCUACAGACCUCUGGGCGUCCUCAAACGCAGCAGAGUGCAGCCGCCCACAUACGACGGUGAGAGCGACGACGAGCUGUUCGAUGGCCUCCACGCCGCUCCGCUGAGGAAGAGGAAAGGAUCCCUCCACAGCCAGCAAGCUGUUUUAGAGGAGGUUCCUGACACCACAGCGCCCCCUGUGACUCUGGAGGACUUCACACCAGCGGCAGACUCACAGACGGUUUCUCACAACUUCGUUGACUGCACCGAGUCCAAUGGCGAGGAGGAAGAUGACGAUGAGGAGGAGGAGGAGCACCAGAAGGAGGAGGAGCCUCUGAGCCCCUCCUCCUCCUCCACAGCUCCAAAAUGGGAGGACUUCUUCACGGUGGAGACGCAGACAAACAGCCAGAACAGCCAAUCACAGUCCUGCUCAGCAGUGAGCUCCGCCCCCUCCAGAAUGAGCGGCUCACAGACGCCCGAGCUCUUCAGCGAGGAGGAGGAGGAGGAGGAAGAGGAGGAGGAGGAGGAGGAGGAGGAAGAGGAAGAGGAAGAGGAAGAGGAAGAGGAAGAGGAAGAGGAAGAGGAGGAGGAGGAGGAGGAGGAGGAGGAGGAGCCUCCACCUGGCUUCAGCAUGAUGCUGUCCAGUCAGUCCUCCCAGGAACUCCCGGACACCCUGCUCCUCCCUGUGGAGGAGGCGGGACACAGCCGAGGAGACGCCAGGACACAGGAAGUGGGACCAAACAGCGGAACCAGGACACAGGAAGUGGGACCAAACAGCGGAACCAGGGCACAGGAAGUGGGACCAAACAGCAGAACCAGGACACAGGAAGUGGGACCAAACAGCGGAACCAGGACACAGGAAGUGGGACCAGAUGAAGGCUGCAGGACACAGGAAGUGGGACCAGAUGGCGGAGGAGCUGGGACGCAGCAGCUGUCCCUGUCUCAGGGCUCCUCAGACCUGGACGUUCCCUCCACGCCGGAGUCCACGGCGCCGCCGUCUGAAGUUCUGUCACAGCUGUACCGUCGACUGGCCUCUGGACAGAACAUCUGGACGCUGGACAGACGGGACGGACGUUAGAGAAUGGACACAGAAUGGAAAUGAGGUGCGGAGACGUGGUCUCAGGUUCCAGCUGUGUUGGUAGAGGUAGAAGAGGACACGUCUGGUUCUUCUGGGUCUGGAGUCCCGGCUGGGAUCAGUCUGACGCUUUGUCUGCCAUGUUUGAUGACUUGAUGCAGAAACUCCAGCUUUGGUAGAAUUUUCCAUCUGCGUGUUCAGAAGCGUCUUCAGAGGGACACGUCUCCAUUGAGCAGCAGAGCUGGACGUGUUGGACACGAGGACAUGUGAGAGGGACCAGUUUUCUUUGUAUUUUCUUCUUCAGAAAUGUGAGAUUUGUCGUUUGUGCGUUCUUUAUUUCUUUGACAUUAAUUUUCUAAUGAGAUGAAUUUUAUUAAUGAAACUUUAAAUUUUUCUGCAAGUUUGACUGAUUUUCCACAAUAAAGGUUUAAUUUAGAGGAAACCCAGAACCCCGCCCCUCCAGAGGACCUGGACCAGAACCCCGCCCCUCCAGAGGACCUGGACCAGAACCCCACCCCUCCAUAGGACCUGGACCAGAACCCCGCCCCUCCAGAGGACCUGGACCAGAA